AUGGCGAAACCCAACCAUAGUGAACCAAAGUCAGAAGAUGAUAAUCCUUUGGGACGAUCAAUGGAUGGUGAAUGUAUAGGUCGUUUACCAGUCCAACAAUCUGUUAGUCUUGGCUCUAUCUAUGACGCUAGAACAGAUUGUAUCGUUGGCAACAUAUUAUUGCCAAUCGAUUUCAUAGAUCAAGAUGAUAUUAAGAAUUUAAAACAAUAUUUACUUCCUUUAUGGUUUAAAAUGAAACAAUUAAAUGAGUUGAUUAUUUGGGAAAUCAAGGAAUCAUUCAGUGAACAUCUUAAAAAACAAUUCAAUGAAAUUCAACAAGAAAUUACCAAAGUCAAAGAAGAUUAUUCAGCUGAAAUCAACAGAAUCCGUGAUAAGAUUCUCGAAUUUCGAGGUGGAAAACUUAAAGAAAAAUGA